GGAAAGCAGAGCACCUCGCGUCCCCGUCACGCCGCGCUCCACUCGUUCGAUCUCCCCAUUGGUGAUCAACCGAGUCGCUAAUGGUGGUUCCCCUCAAAACAGAAAAGGAGAACUCGCUAAUGGAAUCCCCUGCGUAACCCCGCCCCCGCCAAUUUCGAGCUCGGCCAAGGGCGAGCCGCGAGCCCCACCCCCACGCCACACGCGCUCCCACACAACGCAACCCCAGCUCAGAUCUCCCGCUGAAGCAGGUCCAUCCGUGACCCGUGUAGCCCGCGCCAGGCAGGACGGACAGGCGUGGGCAUCGGGUUGUCGGAGGCGCGAGAGCAGAGAGAGAGAGAGAGAGAGAGCCAUGGGGGUGGAGGCCGGCGAAACCAGCUCCUUCCUCAGCUUUACUUCGGCCUUUUCCUAUGGAGUUGCAUCUAUGGCAAUGGUUUUUGUGAACAAAGCAGUUGUUAUGCAGUAUGUUCACUCCAUGACUCUUCUCACUUUACAGCAAUUAGCCACAGGACUUAUCAUACAGUUUAGUCAAGUUCUAGGAUUGUCUAAAAGGAAAGAUCUCAGCAUGGCAACAGCAAAGAAGCUUCUCCCAUUGUCAAUUUUCUAUAAUGCAAAUGUGGCAUUUGCUCUAGCAAGCUUGAAAGGGGUUAACAUCCCUAUGUAUAUUGCAAUUAAGAGGCUCACCCCUCUUGCUGUAUUGGUGUCUGGGUUCUUACGGGGAAAGGGGAAACCACCAACACAGGUGUCCCUUUCAGUUCUCUGCACCGCCGCAGGUGUCCUUGUUGCAGCACUUGGAGAUUUUUCCUUCGACUUGUAUGGAUACCUCAUGGCCCUUACAUCAGUCUUCUUCCAGACAAUGUAUUUGAUUCUGGUGGAGAAAUCUGGUGCAGAUGAUGGUCUUUCCUCAAUGGAAUUGAUGUUUUAUAACAGCAUAUUGUCACUUCCAUUUCUGUUCUUCAUCAUUAUUGCAACUGGAGAAUUCCCCCAUUCUCUUUCAGUACUGUCUGAAAAGACAGCCUCUCUAGCAUUCAGUGUGAUUCUUCUUAUUUCACUGGUGAUGGGUAUCGUUCUCAAUUACACCAUGUUUUGGUGUACAAUUGUCAACUCUGCGCUGACAACCACAAUAGUAGGAGUUCUCAAGGGAGUCGGGUCUACCACCCUGGGUUUUGUUGUGUUGGGAGGCGUCAAAGUGCAUGCUCUUAAUGUUACUGGGUUGGUGAUCAACACAUUUGGUGGUGUCUGGUAUUCCUAUGCAAAGUAUACACAGAAGAAGAAAAUGCCACGAAAGAUCGCACCUGACGAAGAGUCGCAUCCCCACAAGUAGCACCGGGGUUAGUACUAAAUAGUUUCUGUAGUUACACUGCAUUCUUUAAGGGGAUAAUAACUAAAUAUCAGUUUUAAUAUGUUUUUCUGGACUCCCAUUAAUCAGGUAUCUGUAAAGUUCUUCCUUUUUUUGUGUUUACCAAAUAGCACUAUGAGUUAAUCAGCAGUACCAUAGCGGAGUGAAGUCAGUGAAUCACAUAACUGUAAUGUUGUAUUCCCCUAUCAAUUAGAAUAACAAGAUUCUCGGUGGGUUUUGCCCCUAAAGUAUCUUAUUUGAAGAUAAACAAACA